AUGUCGACGCGCACAGGUGAACUCGCUGCACUAGCCGCGCUCAUUACGAACGCGACGAAAGUUGUGGAAGCACACUAUGCGAAGGCCUCCAAACCUCAUGUUCCGUCCUUGGAUGAUAUCGAGCCGCACACCCUUGACACGCAACUGACGAACCAAGAACUUCGGACUGCUAUACAGACGAUUGAAGGUGCUUGUGCCCAGCUCUCAGCCACUGUGGCGAGACCCAGCCAUACGAUUGUUAACAGACUCAUGGGGUUUUAUGAACCAGCGUGUUUAAACGUCGCCAUCACUUUUAAAAUCCCGGACAUCCUUCAGGAGAAGCCCCACGGCAUGCAUAUCUCGGAAAUCUGCCAGAAGUCGGGCCUCGACGAACGGAAGAUCGGAAGGAUAUUGAGGCUGCUUGCCACGAAGCAUGUAUUCAGAGAAGCUUCAGAGAACGUGUUCGCCAACAAUCGCCUCAGCAUCCAACUCCUCUCGACGAACCCUUUGUCCAGCCUUGGUCUUCAUUUCACUGACGAAUGUCUGAAGUCCACAGCCCUCCUUUCAGAAAUUCUCGCUGACAAGGAGUGGGGACACUCCAACGCUCCGAACGAAUGCGCGUUCAACAGAUGGAGUGGGGUGCCGGAUCCCAUGUUCAUUUACUUCGAAGGGGCUACCCCAAAAGGUGCUGAACUAGGCGCCCGCUUCGGGAUCGGCAUGCUUGGCUGGGGACUUGCAUGUGAGGCGCAAGCUGUAAUCCACGAAUUCCCCUGGAAAGACCUUGGAGAUGGCGCCUCUGUAUGCGAUGUUGGAGGAGGUAUUGGGAACAUCACGAUGCAGCUCGCGAAGAACUACCCCACUCUGCAGCUCAAACUCCAGGAUUUGCCAGAGAGAGUACACCAGGCGAAGACGGAGGUUUGGCCCAAGGAAUGCCCUGAAGCGAUCGUAGAGAACCGUAUUCAGUUCGAGCCGAUUGAUUUCUUGAAGGAGGCGCCGGUGAAGGCGUGUGAUGUCUAUUACUUGAAGAAUAUCAUCCAUGACUGGCCAGAUGCAGAUUGCGUCAAGAUCCUUUCCAACGUCAAGAAGGCCAUGACUCCGCAUAGUCGAGUCCUCGUCCAGGAAUAUAUCUUGCAAAGCGCGAACCGCGUCCCCGACUCGCAGUCUGAAUUUAGGCAAGCGCCCACCCCACUCCUGCCCAACUACGGUGCGGGACGCAUCCGUCAGUACAAUCUGGACCUCGACAUGAUGACGAUUCUCAAUAGCGAGGAGCGUCGUCUUCCUGAUUUCAUACGUUUGGGAGAGGCUGCUGGGCUUAGGUUUGCGAAGUUGUGGGACUUUGGCGAGACUGGGUUGGUGGAAUAUAGACUACCAUAA